CUUUCAACAAGUCAUGAGCGGCGUUUAGUCAAAUGGGUUCUGAGGAUAAAAUAAUCCGCUGGAUCUGCCGGCUAACGGCCAUUACAGCUUUCUUCUUAAUAGGCUUUAUUAUUGGUUGGUUCGCUCGGCCUUCUUCUGUCAAUCAUGACCGCACAUCAAAAAGCUUCCUGCGUGACUUUCUGGAUGAGAUGCAUGCAGAGAAUAUUAAAGACCAUCUCAGGAAGUUCACAAGACUUCCACAUCUGGCGGGAAUGCAGCAGAAUCUGAAUCUGGCGGAGCAGAUUCGCAGUGAAUGGAUGGAGUUCGGGCUGGACUCAGUAGAGCUGGUUCCAUAUGAUGUGCUGCUUUCAUACCCAAAUAAAACUAAUCCCAAUUACAUCUCCAUAGUGGACCAGCUGGGCAAUGAGAUCUUCAACACCUCUCUAGCUGAGCCGGUUCCAGAAGGUUAUGAGGACGUGGCUGAUAUUGUCCCUCCGUACAGCGCUUUCUCUGCUAAAGGACAACCAGAGGAUGAGCUGGUGUAUGUGAAUUAUGGACGGACGGAGGAUUUCUUUAAGCUGGAGCGUGAGCUGGGAAUAAACUGUACAGGAAAAAUCCUCAUCGCCAGAUACGGCAAAAUCUUCCGGGGCAACAAGGUGAAGAAUGCGAUACUAGCGGGCGCUAAAGGGAUCGUGCUGUUCUCGGACCCUGCUGAUUACUGGGCGGAGGAUGUGGAGCCAUACCCCAAAGGCUGGAAUCUGCCCGGCGGAGGUGCUCAGAGGGGGAAUGUGCUGAAUCUGAAUGGAGCUGGAGACCCUCUCACACCGGGUUACCCUGCUAAAGAAUACACAUACAGGUCCAGUCUGGAGGAUGCAGUGGGGCUUCCCAAAAUUCCUGUGCAUCCCAUCGGAUUUCAUGAUGCAGUUCAUCUGCUGCAGAAUAUGGGAGGACCUGCUCCUCCAGACAGCUGGAAAGGUGCGCUUAAUGUCUCGUACAGAAUUGGGCCGGGAUUCACGGACGGUUUUCGUCAGAAUAAAGUACGUAUGAACAUCCACACUAACAAUCAGGUGACCCGUAUCUACAACGUGAUUGGCUGGAUCAGAGGAGCUGUCGAGCCAGACCGGUACAUUAUUCUGGGCGGUCAUCGAGAUGCUUGGGUGUUUGGAGGGAUUGAUCCUGUGUCUGGAGCUGCGGUGGUGCACGAGAAUGUAAGAGCGGCGGGAAAACUCAUGAAAAAAGGUUGGAGGCCGAGGAGGACACUGAUCUUCGCCAGCUGGGAUGCAGAAGAGUUUGGGCUGCAGGGAUCCACAGAAUGGGCGGAGGAUAACGCCAGAGUCCUGCAGGAGCGAGCUGUGGCCUACAUCAAUGCAGACUCCGCUAUUGAGGGUAUGUACACACUGAGGGUCGACUGCACUCCUUCCCUACACACUCUCGUUUAUGACAUUACAAAAAAGGUUUCGAGCCCAGAGGAAGGAGAGGAAGGCAUGAGUCUGUACGAGAGCUGGCACAAACGAGACAACUGGACAGAAAAAGACAAGCCAUGGAUCAGUAAACUGGGCUCUGGGAGUGAUUUUGAAGCAUAUUUUAUCAGGUUAGGAAUUACGUCUGGGAGGGCGAGAUACACCAAAAACCGGAAAACGGAGCGCUACAGCAGUUACCCGGUGUAUCACAGCGUUUACGAGACCUACGAGAUCGUGGAGCGUUUCUACGACCCGCGCUUUCGCAGACUGGAGGCGGUGGCUCGUGUCCGGGGCGGACUGAUCUUCAGUUUGGCUGAUUCUGCAGUUUUACCUCUGGACUGUGUUGAAUACGCCACGGCUCUCUCCACAUACGCCAACAGCAUUCACCAGCUGGCUAAAAAACAUCCAGAGGCCAUGCAGCAGUACGCAGUCUCCUUCGAUUCGCUCUUCUCUGCGGUUGAAAACUUCACAGUUGGCUGA